GGCAACUCGCGAGCUCAUCGCCCCCAACAAUGGCACCGCCUCGCUACGCCCGACUCCUGCUGGCUAUCCCCGAAUUCGUCCUAGCCGUGAUCCUCUGCCACCUGCCACGUUCAGCUGCGUCGCCGUCGGCGUCGUCCGUUGCUGCCAGCUUCUCCCCGUCUCCUUCACCGUCGCCGCUGCCUCUGCGUCCGCUGCUGACGCAACGCGGCGUGGUGCCGCCACGGGUGUCGGAGCUGCCGGCGAGCCCGUUCACGGCGAAGGCGGCGUUCGUCCGGUACUGGAACCGGAAGGUGCACAGCAACCGCCCGCAUCCGGCGUUCCUCUUCGCCAAGCUCUCCCCGCUGUCCGCGCCCGACGCGGCGGCGUUCUCCGCCCUCGCCGCCGCCGGCCAGCUCGGCUCCAGGAUCCGCGCGUUCUGCGCCGCGGCGUCGCUGCUCUGCCCUACGACGCCGGCGUCCUCGCCGUCGAAGUCGUCGUCCGGGGAGGGGCCCGCGGCCGCCUCCUCCGACGGGGGCGGUGCUGCUGCUGCAGCCGCCGCUGCUGGCGGCGGCGCGGCGCCAUUCAAGAACUACGAGAACGGCAACUUCAGCAGCUACGGCAACAGCGGCGGCGGCGGCGCCGAUCAGUUCGCCGUGUACUCGGGCGGAGAGACCAGCCCCGUCGACUCGUUCCGCCGGUACGGCAAGGGCUCGCAGGGGCGGAACGACUCGUUCACGAGCUACGAGGCGGGGGGCAACGUCGGGACCGCCAACUUCACCUCGUACAACUCCGGCGCCACCGGCGGUGCAGGAGGGUUCUCAACCUACGCCGGCGAGACCAACACUGCGUCCGUGUCCUUCGCCAACUACGACCACGACGGGAACGGCCGGUCCCGCGAGUUCGCUGCGUACACGCAGGACGCGAACACCGGCGAGGAGAGCUUCGCCGCGUACGGGAAGACCGCGAACGGUGCCGCCGAGUCCUUCAAGACGUACGGCAACCACUCCAACUCGAUCGCCUCCGGCUUCCUCAACUACGGCGACAGGGCGAACGGCGCCGCCGACACGUUCUCCUCAUACGGCGUCAAUGGAAACACCCCAGAGAACACGUUCAAGAGCUACGGCACCGACAGCAACGCCGGCGUCGACGACUUCAAGGGGUACAGGGACGACGCCAACGUCGGGAACGAUAGCUUCACGUCCUACGCGAGCAACGCCAAUGGCGCCGCCGCCGGCUUCGAGAGCUACGGCAAGUCGGUGAACCCGGGGAGCGUCACGUUCAAGGGCUACGGCCUCGGCUCCAACCCCAACCACCGCAUCGGCUUCACGCGAUACUCCGGCGACAACACGACCUUCAAGGCGUACUCCAACGACGGCGUCGAGUUCAAGGAGUACCAGAACAUGUCCAAGCUGGAGGUGUCCAAGCUGGAGGUGGUACCGACGGCCGCGCGCCGGCUGCUGCCGAGGUGGUCGCCGCAGCCGGGGAAGUUCUUCCGGGAGCAAGACCUCAUCGCCGGAAACCGAAUGCCAAUGCCAGACAUCGCCGACAGGCUGCCGCCGCGCGCGUUCCUGCCACGGGUCAUCGCCGCGAAGAUCCCGUUCGACGCCAGCGCCGUCUCGGCGCUGUUCGGCGCGGCGCCGGGCACGGCGAUGAGCCAGGUGGUGUCGUCCACGGUGGCCGAGUGCGCGCGCCCGCCGAGCCGCGGGGAGACGAAGCGGUGCGCGACGUCGGCCGAGGACGUCGUCGACUUCGCCGUGGAGACGCUGGGCGACAACGUCGCCGUGCGCGCCACGGAGUCGACGGCGGGCGGCGGCGGGGAGGUCAGGCUGGGCAGGGUGGUCGCCGUCGGCGGCGGCGCCGGCAACGCGACGCGGCCCGUCGUGUCGUGCCACCAGAGCCUGUUCCCGUACCUGGUGUACUACUGCCACUCGGUGCCGGCCGUCCACGUGUACGAGGCCGACAUCCUGGCCGUCGAUUCCGGCCACAGGAUCAACCACGGCGUGGCGGUAUGCCAUCUCGACACGUCGGACUGGAGUCCGAAUCACGGAGCAUUCAUCGCGCUUGGUGGAAAACCGGGUGAGAUCGAGGUGUGCCAUUGGAUCUUCGAGGGAGAUAUGACUUGGACUGUGGCCAAUUGAUGGCGUUGAUGCGAUUUGAAUUAUAGACAUUUCGAUUGAAUUAUAUAUGUAUGUUGAUUCUGUUUAAAAGUAAGAAAGAUUUUGAUCUUUUUUUUUUCUGCUGAAAGUGCACACCUCAAAAUAUGAAU